AUGCCAUCGCGCAAUAACCAUUAUGAGCCAACUGCUCCACCUAUGUAUCCUGAUGGUGGUGCAAAUGAUCGUCCAGCCGUACCUCCUCGAUCGGACAUCAGACAAUAUCCACAGUAUCAACAACAACGUCCUCUUUUGAGAUCUGAAGUACCACCUGAUGCACCACCACGUAUGGAUAUACCAUCAUCUGGUUCAAAUAUUGUUGGUGGAUCUCGAAGGGUUGAUAAUGAGGAAAAUACUGGUGGUGCAAACGUUGAUUCGACAUGUAACUACAAUACUUAUGCAAGAAAAAAGGCAAUUGGCAUUGCAUUUCUAGGAUUUACUUUGUUAACGAGUAAUGUAAUGCAAUUACGAACUUUAAUCUUACAAAAACAACAUGAUGGUUUCUGGACAGCAUCUCUGAUACUUGUUUGUGUAUCAUUUUUAUUUCUAAUUGGUUUAGCUCUUAUUUUAUAUGUUCUGAUAAAAGGUGAUAUAAGGAAUAUUGAACAACAAACUAAUUUAGAACGAUUUAAUACUCUCGCAUUAGUUGUUAUUUUAUUUAUAUGUAUUGUAAAUAUUUUAAUUAAUGCGUUUAUGUUAUCAACAAAUCCAAAACAUUUUCUCGAUAAUCGUUCAUUGGAAAUAUUACAACAGGCACAAAAUUCGAAUUAA